GAAAAGCAUAAGAUGUACAACAGACUUUUCUCAAACCAAACAGAAACAAAAUAUUUUCCUCUGCGAAGAUCAACGAGCGAAUCCAUGUCGAUGUCUCACGUCCAGCCUCUUCUUCUUCUACUCGCAUCACUCUUAUUUUUACCUGUAUUGUGCGCUGUCGAUUUUGAAUAUUGCAACAAAAUUGGAUACAAAAGCGGUAAUGUCACUCUUGUCAAGGCCUAUCCCCGCACCGGGGUAGCCGUUGAGAUAUUCAGCAUCGCAAGCAGGAAAAGCGGAGAUCUACUCAACCGACUGGGAUUUGUAGCGGUCGGUGUUAUAUUGCCUAACAAUAGGACUAAAACUCUAAAAACGUUUAACAAACGUUACGUGGCGAGUCCAUUCCCUAUUAUACCUGGCGCCAACUUUAAGUUAACAAUUCUCGAUCUUACUGGGGGACGCAAGUAUUACGUAGCUAUUACUGGUAUAUUUAUGGAACCAGUGGAUAAUCAGGUGCGGACAACACUGUGUGUCAAAUUCCGAUUGCCACAUCAGUAUUCAGCUCCCACAUUGGUCUCUGUUUAGUCAUGUUGGCUGGUCCAUAAGAGUAUCUUUCGCUACUUGCAUCUUUUCCCCCUUUUUCUGUGUGUUUCGUCCUAGAAAAAUAAAAGAUAACUCUUGAACGGGUUUCGAUGUUUCUUUAUUGUAAUGUUUGUUUGGUUUUUAUGAACUGGGAUGUCAUUUGUUUUUCAUAUCCAACCAGCUGCAUGCUUUAAUAUCAAAUGUACAUUUCUCUCAGGAUAAGUGACUGGAAAGAUAAAUUCACAUGUAACAUCACAUUUUUUAUAAACUU